CCUGCCCCGGGCGCAUGAAUUGAGAAACUAGAUACUAUAUAGAAUGAGAUACGAACACAUCUAAUCAGAGUUGUCCAGGAAGCGGUAUUCGUCACAUCGUAGUCUCCAUGCCUCCACUACAAUUUUUAAACAGGGAUUAAUUGACCCAAGCAUCACAGACUGGCUGUUGCACGGAUCUCCACCCUGCGUUUAUCUGCUGAGAGAGACUUCAGUGAAUUGUCUUAUGUUGAGAGGAAACAUUUAUUGAGAUUUCAGUUCAUUGGCAAAACAUGCACCCUUUUUAGAUAACAUUUUGAGAUGUGCAUCUGUAAUACUUUGUAGUCAGAACGUCGACAAGUUCCUGAAUGGAGAAUAAGGCCAUGUACCUGAGUACAUACGAAGAGAGGGAGAACGGAUCCUUCUGUGAGGAGGGCUACGAUGGCAGGAACCUAUCAAAGCUGAACCUGUGUGAAGACGCCGGCUCUGCCAAGAGGAGAAGAAAGUCAGACAAUUGCUGCAGCCACCUGAACUCCCUGUCUGCCAUCAAGUAUGCCAUCGUGUCUCUAUACAUCCUGGUACUCCUGUGUAUCCUUGGCCUCUGUUUAGCAGUGUCCAGGUCUCAGAUGUCCUCAGAGAAGCAGGAGGCACUGAUGGAGAACAUGACCCGUAUGGGGGACCGCUCCCGGGAGCUCCAGCAGUCCCUGGGCGACAUCUCCUCUCAGGCAAACCUCCUGGAGAAAAUCUGGAAGCUGGAGAACCUGUUCCAGAACCACAGCGAGUCCUUACAGCAGCUGGGCCGGGCAUUUCACGGCCUGGAGAGGGACAUCAGGGAUCUGCAGGGCCACUCCCAGUCGACAGACAGUGCAGUGGAGCAGCUGGGGGGCCGUGUCUCUACCCUGAACCAAUCGUCCCAGAGGAACGUGAGUGGGCUGAGCAACCUGCUGGCCCAGGCCUCUGUCUCGCUGCACGACCACGACCUACUGCUGAAGAGCGCAGCGGAUCAGGUGGACCAGCUCAAGGAGAGGCUUGAGGAGGUGGGCUGGACGGUGGACGCGGUCAACCACAAAUUCACGAGUGACAUCAGCAUCCAUCACCUGAAGAUCCAGGACCUGCAGGUGCAGAUCAGCAAUGUGAGCCAGGACACACGGUACAUGAGGGAGACACAGGUGCAAAUGGAGGAGACACUGAAGAACGAGGUGGAGAUCCUCAGCACCGUCACAGAGGACCUGAGGCUCAAGGACUGGGAGCACUCCAAUAUCCUCAAGAACAUCACCUUCCUAGAAGGGCCUCCAGGACCAAAGGGUGAGAAGGGCGAUGUUGGGCCACUUGGGUCCCCUGGUGUGGCAGGCCUCACAGGGAUGAGCGGUUUUACAGGAGAAAAAGGCACCCAGGGUCCAAGGGGACUAAAAGGCCCGAGCGGCCCCGACGGCCUACAGGGUGAGAAAGGGGAUAUGGGACCCAAAGGGCCCAAAGGUGACAAAGGAGACAGAGGACUGAAGGGCGAGAAGGGAGACCGAGGUGACCGUGGUGAAAAAACAGUGGACGAGACACUGGUGAGGCUGGUGAAUGGAUCAGGCCCUCACGAGGGGAGAGUGGAGGUGUUCCACGAGAGACGCUGGGGAACGGUGUGUGAUGACGUCUGGGACAAGAAGGACGGCGACGUGGUCUGCAGGAUGCUUGGCUACAAAGGAGCCUUCGAGAUCCAUAAAACAGGCCGGUUUGGACAAGGUACUGGGCUCAUCUGGAUGGAUGAUGUGGCCUGCGUUGGGAACGAGGACACCAUUCACCAGUGCAAGUUCUCAGGCUGGGGUAAGACAAACUGUGGGCAUGUGGAGGAUGCGGGGGUGACAUGCAACACCUAACACCGACCAUUUGAACCCCCACCGAGUUCAGUUACAAACUGCUGAGAUUAGUUGCAGUUGACAGGCAGCGUGAGGUAGAGCAGAAGAGCUGUAUCCUGCUGUCCUACACCCACCCACCGCUGUGGGCAACUGAUUUGACAGUUAUGUGCAAACAUGCUUUGAUUUCAGACCCCUUAGGGCCUCUUGGAUGGCUAUUGUUCAUGUAAAGUAGGUUUAUCAAUAGCAGAUACUUCUUAGCUGAACUAGAUUCAGUGCCAAAAAUGGAUCAACUUAAAAAAUGGUCAGUCACAAAUGUUUGUCAAAUUUUUGAUAGAUAAAGCGAUUACAAAGAAAAGAAAGGGGAAGAGAUGCCAUUUUAAAUGGAUGUAUGACUUGGCCCUAGUACGAUUUAUUGGUUUGUGUCUGACAAUUUUACUAUUUCUGCCUGUAGAGCCAAGCAUUGUUUUUUAUCAUCAUGAAU